GCCUCCUCAGGCGACCGUUCCCCAGCAUUCCAGUCCUGCCUCACAGACUGCACCUCCCUCUGCACCUCCCCCUCCGCUCCGCCCUUACCUGUCGCACUCCGGCUUACUCUCUGGUCUUGUGCUGAUGAUUGUAGGUAUACGUGUAUGCAUGCUGUUGAGGCGCAGAAGAGCGGCAGCGGCAGCGGGAGUGGAGGCGGGAGUGGGGGGAAGGAUGGGAGGAAGGAACAGUAUUACGGCAAAUGGCCAUUCCGGAGGUUCCUAGGUGCGCAGGAACCGAUCAGCGUACUCGCGAGUGUCGCAAAUGGGUACAUGCAUAUCCGGGGUCUGCGACUCGUGCGCCGUCGAUUGCAUGCCAACUCCCCCGUCCCCGCCCACGCCCACGCCAACGCCCACGCCGGCGCGCACCCCUCACCGCUCAGGAAAUACAUGGAAUGGUACGCCUACCUAGGGGUCAACGCCUGGUUCUGCAGUUGCAUCUUCCACACACGGGACACGCCCCUAACCGAAAAAUUCGACUACUUCUCAGCAGCGCUCGUCCUCCUCUACUCGCUCUUCUACACCCUCAUCCGUCUCCUGCAUCUCUACACUCCCGCCCGCCGGGCCUGGAGGCUCAGGCUAGCAGCAGGCCUGGGACUGGUGUUUGGGGCGCAUGUGAGCUACCUCAGCUGGCUGCCGAAGGUGGUACGCGGACUGCCGAGGUUCGACUACGGGUACAACAUGCGUUUUUGUCUUUUCCUAGGGGUGGCACAUAACUUCCUCUGGCUACUGGCGACUUACCUCCCUCGCACCUCCCCCUUCCCCGGGCACACGCUCCCAUUCACCAUCUUCCCGCCUCCUCUCGUCAAACGCUCCUGGAAACCACUCGCCUUCGUGCUACUGACAAUGAGCACGAUGUCCCUCGAACUGCUAGACUUCCCCCCUCUAAUGGGGCUAAUGGACGCCCAUGCAGCCUGGCACUGCGCGACGGUGCCGAUCGUGGGGUUUUGGUAUGCUUGGUUGGUAAGGGAUGCG